UCCAACUACCAAAGUGUUUAGAGAAAAAAAUAUAAAAACUUUGAAGAAAAGGAAAGGAAAAAAAAAAAAAAACUAUAAAACAUGAAGAGCUUUUUAGGUUAUGUAGAGGCCAUGAGGGUCCACAAGCCCUAUAUUGCAAUGUUAUUUGUUCAAUGUGUUUAUUCAGGAAUGGCUUUGUUCUCUAAAGCAGCCAUUUCUCAAAAAGCCAUGAACCCAGCCAUCUUCGUCUUCUAUCGUCAAGCUUUUGCUACCGUUGCCAUGGCUCCUCUCGCCUUCUUACUCGAACGAAAAAAGGAAGUUCCUUUAUCUUUCAAGUUCCAUUCCAAAGUGUUCUUGGUUUCUCUUAUUGGGGUCACUUUGAGUUUAAACCUUUAUUACGUAGCAAUCAACCAUACAUCGGCAACAUUUGCAGCUGCCACUACCAAUACCAUCCCGGCCAUUACCCUCCUGUUGGCUCUCCUUUUCAGCAGAUAUGAAAGCAUUUGCAUAAGAAAAGUUGAAGGGAUGGCAAAAUUGAUGGGAGCAAUAAUAGGUUUUUCGGGGGCUUUAGUGUUUGCAUUUGUGAAAGGUCCACCAAUGAAAUUCAUGAAUUGGUAUCCACAAACAAAUAACAUUACUAAUUCAUUUCGACCUUAUUCCACAUUGGAAUGGAUUAAGGGUUCAUUCACUAUGCUUUCAGCCAACCUUGCUUGGUCUUUUUGGCUUGUUCUGCAGGCCUCGAUUGUGAAGGAAUAUCCAGCAAAAUUGAGAGUUACAACUUUGCAAUGCUUCUUUAGCUUAAUACAAUCAGCUUUGUGGGCUUUGGUAAUGGAAAGAAACCCACAAGCUUGGAAGCUUGGAUGGAAUCUUCAACUCUUCUCUGUUGCCUAUUGCGGUGUAAUUGUGACGGGAAUGACGUAUUGGCUACAAAUAUGGUGUGUGGAGAAGAAAGGGCCAGUUUUCACAGCUAUGUUUACUCCAUUAGCACUCAUCAUAACAGCAAUCUUUUCAGCAUUGCUAUGGAAAGAAUCCCUUCAUUGGGGAAGUGUUGGUGGAGGCAUUUUGCUUGUGAUGGGACUUUAUUUUGUUCUAUGGGGAAAGAAGAGAGAAGAAGAAGUAGCAGCUAAAACCAAGAUAAAUGAUCAACAACAACGACAUGACACUAAGGAGGCCGAAACCAUUUUGGAGUGCAUUACAACACAUCAUUGAAAUUUUAUAUAUAGUCCGAUUCACUCUCCAUUUUCCCCUAAAUUCCCAUCAUCAUUAAUAUAUGGUAAACAUAUAUUUCAUCAUUAGUCUCGUAUUUCAUAGCUCACUAAUGAAUGUAUGUCUUUUCUUGUCUCUUUUUAUUCUUAAUGGAUGACUUAAGUCAUUGCUUUAAGUUAUAGCUUGGUUUCUCUCU